AAACCGCUUGCUUCUUUUUUUAAGGGUGAAGAAUCGCGUGAAGAGAACGAGAACGAGAAAUGGGAAAUUCGAAAUCGAAGAUCAAGAGGACAGGGAAAACGAACUCGAAGAGUGGGAAAAGUGCUCGGUUCGAAAGUAUUUCUAAAUCAUCCGAUAAUUCCAUCGAGGAAUUCGCUAAUGAUCCGCAAUUAUCGUUAUUGAGACAAACAAUUAGAAGGAAUCCAGAAUUGUUCAUACUGAACAAUCUCAUGAUGUGCGUUCAAUUCUUCGGGAACUACGAAGAGGAAAUCAAAGAUCUGAAGAAGACGCUGAAGUCCUCGCGCGAAAUGAAAAUGAACGAACAAUUGAAUAAACAAUCGCAGAAACGAGUUUUAGUUCCAGACAUUCUUCAGGAGCACAUCACCCGCCACGUCGGCUUCAUCUCGAGGCGACAAGAUAUUCGAUCUACGAUCGAACCCCUUCAACCGGUUCGCAUAUACAUGGUCCACGACAACAUCGAUAUCACGGAGGAGAAUUACUCGUCCCAUUACAGCAACGUGAACGAUUCCAUUACGUACAACAUACUGUUGAAACCAACGAAACACGAAGGUUACGUUCAGCUUCAAGUGUUGGACGACUUGAACGAUUUCUUGUUGAAGAAAAAGUCGAUCAAGGAGGAUGAAAUGGAUCUAUCCUCCAUACUCGAGGACGACGACGAAUUGUACAGCGACGCCAGUAUUUACGGGUCGAAGGCCCGAUCUAAUCUAUCCGUCAGUUCGAAUAGAUCGGCAAUCUCGAAUAGAUCGAAGCAGGAUAUGCUUCGAAGCAGGCUGAAGCACACGAGAUCGUUGCCAAACUUGACCGAGGAUUUGUCCCAUACCGAUAUCAUGGAUUACGACGGGGGAUCCUCGCCUCUGGAGGAGCGAGGGAAUCAGAAUCGAUCGAAGAUGGGCGGGAAUCAACGUUGGCAGAAGGACACCCAACAGUCGAAAUUCCAGGUGAAUCAUCCUAGCAGCAACAGUUCCGGAUACCGAUCCGACAAUUACGCGAUAUACAGCGAGAGCAAUCCGAGCCAGAGCUCGAGAGUUUCCCAAGCGUCCUCCAGUUUCGAGGAGAUAGACGAAUCUUGGAUAACGAACGGCAGAUUCCCGAAGCGUUGUUUCAAGAAGGUGACGUACACGAGCGACGGGAAGAUCUACGACCCUGCCGAGGAGAAGGUGAACGUGUUGAACAGCAAACAGCGUAGGAUCAAAUUGGCGAUGAAGCGGCACAACUACGAUCUGUCCUACAUAAGCAGUACCGAGUUCAUGAAACAUUUUAUAAAAUUGUUCGCGUAUAAGUUGGGGUAUUCGUUGUGCUUCGAUCGAGAGACGGUGGAGGACUUGAAACGGGAGGGAUGCGUGCUCUACUGUGACAAAAUUAUGAUAUCGGACGCGUAUGAUAAGGACAGCCAGAUAGAACAGUACGAGAUAAUUCCCGCCAUAUGGCUGAAAUGGCCGAUAUGCGGCCAGGAAUGGUUGAACAGGUCGCGGGAAAGUUGGCCGAGCGAGAAGGACAUUGACAAGGUGAAAGAUUUCGGGUGUUACGUUGUGCCGGAAGGGUACGUGCCGAAAAGUGGAAAUAGCAAUCUCAUCGAGGAUCUCGAGUGGCAGCUCACGUUCCCGACAGCUGAAAGGUAUCUCGAAACCUGCAUGACCCAGGCCCAAGUGCAGGUGUACUUGAUCGCUUUGAUGCUUCACAAGACGUUCAUGAGGCCAAUAUUCGACACUAUGUUCGGGAUGACUACGGCGCACAUAAGGCACAAGUUAUUCUGGAUGAUCGAGGAGAACGACAAGCCGUCGAAAUGGCCCGAGAACGGGACAGGGGAGUGUUUGUUGAAGUUGCUCAACUCUUUGUAUUACAAUAUCAGCCAGAACGAGCCUAUAUUGAGGGAUUACUUCAUCAAGGGUAGGAAUCUCUUUCAAAGGAUACCGUGCGAACACCUUCUCCACACGCAAAAGCAGUUGAAGCGCAUCACCGAGAACCCGAUAAUGUACGUUUUCCACGCGAUGGAGAAUAUUCAGUACAGAAAUGAUUUUUUCCCGAGAUUAGAUUUCGAGCUGUUGUUGAGAAUAUUAACGGGUGAAACGUUGACGUUGAUCAAUCCGACGUUGAACCGAUACAUAUCGAAACAGUUGCCGCAAAAGUAUGUAAAUGUCGUACAAGAGGAUAAAUACGACGAAAGAGGAUUUUGGGACACGCAACGGGUCAAACGUUCCGUCAAAUCGAUUAGAUCGAAUAGAACGUUGAUCAACGCGCGCAAAGCUACGGAUUCGAUCAUUGAAAUCUCGACUCGAUGCGCCGAGUUGGAAGGUCCAAGGUUAUGUAUACUUUUAAAAUUCUUCAUAAAACAUUUCAUAGAAAUCGCUGAAUGUUGUAUUCAAUACGAAGCGUAUCGACAGAAAACAAUAUAUCUGAAUCAAGCCGAUCGAUUGUCCAUUCUACUUUUCGAGGGUGAAAAUUACAGGAACGACGCGAAAACUUAUCGCGAAAAGAUAAAAAGUCUCAGAACGAUGAAUUCAAAAUCGAGAAACGAGCCGUCAAUUAAUCCGUCGAAUAGUUCCCUAAGAAAUUCGGAAAAGGCCAUAUACGUUGAAUCGUUGAGCGAUCGCUUUACAUCGAGGCCCGUUCGUUCAACGGAAACGAAAGAAAAAUUGUCAGAAAAGCGAUCUGAUCAAGAGAAUAGUCGUACUCACGUUAUAAAGGCGAUUAUUCACGAGAGGCAAUACGAAGAACUGGAUAAAUUGAACGAUAAAAGUAAAAGCGUAACGAUUAAUGAAAACGAAAAUCAAAUUUCAAAAUCGAAACGCAAUAAGCCUCAAUCGCUGCCAUUUUUAACUUCUGUCAAAUUAAAUGAUACGAAUAUUUAAAAAUUGCCAAAGCCA